AUGUCGUACGGAUCUAAAGCCACUGGCCGCUUAGCGGGAAAAACUAUUUUGAUCACUGGCGCCUCCGCUGGUAUUGGUGAAGCCACCGCUAUCGAAUAUGCUUCUGCUGCCAAAGGUGAAUUGAAGUUGAUUUUGACUGCCAGAAGACUUGAAAAAUUGGACAGUUUGAAGUCCAAAUUGGAAGCUGAAUUCCCAAAUAUCAAGGUUUUGACCGUGAAGUUGGACGUUUCUGACCUAAGUGCAAUUGAAAAGUUUUUCAAGGAAUUGCCAAAAGAAUUCUCAGAUGUUGAUGUUCUCAUCAACAAUGCCGGUCUUGCUAAAGGGUUUGCUAACGUUGGUGAAAUUUCUCAAAACGAUUUGGAUUGCAUGUUCAAUACCAACGUUAUAGGUAACAUUGCAAUGGUUCAGCACCUUUUGCCAUUGUUUAAGAAGAAGAAUUCUGGUGAUAUUGUCCAAUUAGGUUCUGUUGCCAGUCGUGAAUCAUAUCCUGGUGGAGCUAUUUACUGUGCUACAAAACAGGCCCUCAGAGCUUUCACUUCCGCCUUAAGAAAGGAGCUGAUUAACACCAAAAUCAGAAUUAUUGAAAUACAACCGGGUAGUGUUGAUACUGAAUUUUCUGAUGUCAGAUUCUACGGCGACAAGGUUGCUUCCAAGAAACUUAACGAAGGUAUUGAACAAUUGAGUGCAGACGAUAUUGCUGAAAUGAUUGUCUUCUUCACCUCCAGAAAGCAAAACACUGUGGUUGCGGAAUCUUUGAUUUUGCCCACUUGCCAAGCUUCUCGGUCCCACACAUAUCGUCAUUCCAAGUAA